UUUAAUUCCACCCUGCCCCCAAGGGAAGGGAAGGGAAGGGAAGGGAAAGAAAAGCCGAAGGGAAGGAGUCAAAGGCCUCAACUCCACCUCCCCAUGGCUACUCUCUCCUCCUCUUCUUGCCCUUCUCCUCCUCCUCCUUCUCCUCCCCCUCGCUCUCCCCUCUCCACCCCUAUUUUGGAACACGAGAAAGAGCAAGAAGAAAAGGUGCUGGCUAGAGACGAAGACGCAACAACAUCUUCCAGGCCUUACAAGCACCAGCCUACUCCUCUCCACCCUUCCUCCUCCUCCUCCAAAUCGACGGCUCCGAAGAAGCCUUCUUCCAGAUCCAACCGCGCCGAGGUCGCCGGAGACGACCGCUCGGUGUCCUGCACCAACUGCCGGCCCUCCACCUGGGAGAAGAUCUCCGUCGUCCCCCUCGACAUCAACGGUCUCAAGCAACAUGUCUCCUCCCUCAGCCCCUCCCCAGCCCGCCUCCUUCGCUCCCUCUUCCUCUCCCUCGCUCGCCGCAGCCCCCACUCCUCCUGCUCCGCCGCCGCCGCCCCGUCCUCCUCCUCCGCCACCGCCAUCGACGAGUGGCGCCUCGCCGCGGCGGAGCUGUCCCGGAAGCUAGUUCACGCCACCCGGAAACGCGACGAAGCCCUCCUCGAGUCCUCCCGUCUCAAGCACUCCCUCGCCGAGCUGGAACGCAAGCUCGGCCGGCUCGAAUCCCACUGCCACGACCUGCAGGCCGCCGUCGACCGCCGCACCUCGCCAACCCCGGUCCAGACCGCCUCCCCUUUCCCGGUCGAGACCUUCCUCCGGGCCGUCUCCGACGCCCGCGCCGCAGUCCGCCACCUGAGCCGCUCCCUCGCCGCUCAGCUCCGGCCGGACCGGAUGGCUGCCCUGCUCCAGCCCCACGACGCCAGGGCCGCCGGCCAGUGGCGGAGAACACCGGGCGGCCCGCUCUUCUGCCUGGAGGCCCUCCUGAACCGAGUCUUCUACUUGGGGUUCGAGGAGGGAGCGCCGGAGGAGGCGGUCGAUCCGGCGGCCCGGUGCGAGUCGAACCGGACGGCCUACGAGGCGGUCCGGCAGCUGGGAUGGGACGAGGUUUUGACCAAAGGAACCCGGUUCUACAGUGAAGGGUUGAGCCGGUUCUGCGACCGGAAAAUGAGCGAGGUCGUGGGGAUGCUGGGGUGGGCCAAGGCCUGGCCAGAGGGAUUGCUGAAGGCGUUCUUCGGGGCGGCGAAGGGCGCGUGGGGGGUCCGCCUCCUCUCCCGGUCCGUGCAUCCGGCGGUGCCGGUACUCAGGGUGGACCGGGGAGCCCGGUUCGACCCGCGGUUCAUGGAGGACGUUGGGGCCGACCGGGUCACCCUGCUCGAACCGGUGAGCGUGAGGAUGAUGGUGGCACCCGGUUUCCACGUGUAUACUAGCGAAUUUGGGGUGGUCAAGUGUAAGGUGCUGUGCUCGUACAAGUAAUAAUAUGUGAUUGCAAGAGUGCUCGUAAUGAUAUAAGAUAUAGGUUGUGUUUAUGAUGAUCUCUUAUGCCUUUUCCUCUGCGUGUAUGGUGACAUACAUAUGCAUGCAAAGUUUACACUGCAAGAUGUUUUUGGAAAUUAGCUAAGAGAGGCAUGAUGUAGGGAAAAAAUAUCAUGGGAGCAGAAGAUUUACUUAUUUGGAAGGUUUUGAAUAUGAAGAUGUAUAAAUAGAGUCGAAAUUAGAUUGCUUGUAGAUAAUUUGUCUUACAAAAGAUUGUAUAAGGAUAUACUUCAAC